AUGGCUUGUUUCAUGGAUUCGCAAACACUAUCUCACAUGAAGAUCAACAAUGAAAAAUUACGUGCAUGUGCUACAGCUCGUGCUUCUCUUGGAUCUAAACGAAAGCUUAGACGCCGUCGAGGAGCAUGUUAUACCGAAAGCAACCGUUCGAUCCAAAGUACGAUUCCAAAUGACGAGGCACACAAUACAAGGCAGCAGACAAAGACAACCUCAAACGCAGACACUUUACCUAGCUCGCAAGAUCUUAGACUCGUAGACUUCUUUCCUGACAAUUUCUCCGAUAAUUUGGCCCGUGUACCUGUAUCGGACGAUCCUAUGGCUCCUUCUGCCUGGAACCAAUGGAGCGACGACCCUUUGGCUCUUUUUAACUGGAGCCAAUGGGGCGACACUGUCGACGAACCCACUCCUGCGCCUUUCCCGAGCUUUGAGCUGCUAGGGAGUACCAAAGGGCACGAGGAUACCCGCUGCAAGGGCUUAGACACAGAUCAGCGUUUUCAUGAUGAUACGCACUACUGUUGCAAUGCAAACAAUCUUUCAGGAGACUAUGUUAUGUCAGCCUCUGCUACUGUUACUGAGAAAACACCAUAUUUCGAUCAUAUUCGCUCGAAUGUCUACUGUUGGGUACUGAAAAGCAUAAGAAAGUCUCAUGAGAAUGAAAACACUCGCAUUAUAGCAGCAUUGCAAGGGCUUCUGACACCGUACUCUCUAAUAACCAACAAAUGUUCUUCCCAAGAAUUGGACAUAAUAUCUGUUCUUAUCGAUCUACGUUCUCAGCGUUCUUUUAACAAAGAGCUUUUCUACAAGCGCAUUGAAGCCUGCUUUGCAGAACUGCAUGGCAGUAUUGGAAUCUUCCUAGACUUGGCAACCGUGUAUGCAUUAGUCGACCAGGUUCUUCUACACCCUUUAGUCAGCAAUCCGACCUGCAUUGCUUUAUUUUUCUCAGUACUGGCUAUUGGCUCCCGACGUCUGGAUCUGAGUCAUAGUACGGGUACAAUAAAUGGAGCAACUAUAGGCUUCUUUAGGAUAGCUCUGCGCAUGAAACCUCAUCCAUGCAAUGAGACUAAUCUCUUGAGAUUACAGACGCUACUUUCCCUGACUUACUUCUCAUAUGCCAUUGGUGCCAAUUCCACGUCUAGCUUGAUGGCUGAAGCUACUUCAGGCCUCCAGACCCUUCGCCUACAUAGCUGUAACGCGAUCGACAAGUUGUCUUCUGAUCGCUUGGAACAAGCAAGAAUUAAGAGGGCUUUCUGGGCUAUCUACUCGAUGGAAAAGCCAUACUGCCUACAAGAAGGACUGUUACCAAGGUUUGUUCAGCAAUUCUACGACAAGUCCACACCCAACGGCAAAGUAGGCAAAAUUACUCAUGCUGCUGUAGAAGAGCAGAUUGCGAACACAACUCAGCCUCUACCACUUGACAACUUGUCAGCGCUUCCAUGCGAUGAGAGGCGCCGCAGGCUGACCUAUAUCAACAAAUAUCAUUUUGCUGUCAUUGCCAUACAUUCAUUACCAGAAACAGAAAACACAGACAUGAGUAAAGGAAUCCGUUACAAAUCAGCGCGCGAAAUAUUGAACAUGAGCGCACACUUAUCCUGGGCCGAUCUUUGUGAUAACUGGUCACUUUGCUACGUUGUAUCUUUAGCGACUUGUAUUGUCGCUGCAAGAAUAAUCGAAAAAGUCUGCGUCGUAGAGGCACAGAGAGAUAUAGCAACGACCACCGGCAUUAGAAGCAACGAGCAUUCUUACGAGAGCGGUAUUGAAACAGACAUAUCAUACAUAGGUAUAGCAAUUGGCUUCUUUAGUCGAGUAUCCCUAAGUACAACUCCUGGUUUCGGAGCUGCGGCCAUGAAGCUGUGUAGCUUUGCCCUCGGCUUAGCAAAAUCUUAGUGUAUUAUCAUUUGUUAGAAUAAUUAUAUGAGUUCAGUCUAGG